AUGAACCCCAAGGAAAAAAGGAAAAAGAUUCCUAUCCGUCCACCUAAGCCAAUAGAACACAAAGAUGAAUCCCCAGUUGUGGUUGAAAACAAUGAUAUGGAGAGGAAUGAAGCUGAGGACGUCAUCAGAGAGGAGCGUGAACGUGUACCUGGUGAUGACUGUGAAGCCAUUGUUGACGAUUCUGAUGAUGAAUUGGUAGAACAAGCUGAAGAGAAUGAUGUCGAAGAAGAAGAAGCAUGUGGCAUUCGAGUUGAAGAAGAAGCUUGUGAAGUGUUACCUACACACUUUGGAGAUGUCGCAAGGAAUGAUGGAGGAGACGAUGAUGAGAGCGGAGAUGACGACUGUUGGAAAGAAGAUAAUAUACCUGAUCCUAUAUCAUCUGAUGAUGAAGAAGAGGAUGCGCGAAGGGAAGCUCGAGAGGAUGAAGCAUUAAGCGAUGAGGUUUUGGCUUUAGGAAAGACAUUUUCUUCUGCGGCUGAGUUCAAGCAAGCUCUUUUGAGGUAUUCAUUGAAAACAAGAUACGACGUUAAGCUAUAUAUUUCAUCACAACUGAAGCUUGGUGCUGUUUGCUCGGACACUGAAUAUGAUUGUCCUUGGAGGGUGUAUUGUUCGUAUGAAAAGAGGAAGCAUAAGCUGCAAAUAAAAGUGUAUGUUAAUGAACACACUUGUAUAAGGUCUGGUUACUCAAAAUUGUUGAAGACUUCGUCAAUUGCACAACUGUUUGCGGAAAGAUUGAGGCUGAAUCCAAAGCUUACAGCUAUAGAAAUUAGUGAGGAGAUCAAACGGACUUAUAGCUUGAUAGUAACCGACGAGCAGUGUCGAAAAGCGAAGACAAAAAUCACUAGAGAAAGGAGAGCUAGCCAUGAAGCCCACUUUUCGCGAAUAUGGGAUUAUGAAGCCGAACUACAUAAGAAAAAUCCAGGCACCAUCACAGAGAUAGUGACCAUUCCAGGAGCAACACCAAGAAGCAAACAAAGGUUUGAUCGCUUCUAUGUAUGUUUUGAAGCACAAAGAUCGGCUUGGAAGUCCACUUGUAGGCCAAUCAUAGGUCUAGAUGGAGCCUUUCUCAAAUGGGAUGUGAAGGGCCAACUGAUUGCUGCUGUUGGAAGAGAUGGAGAUAAUCGAAUUGUGCCAAUUGCUUGGGCUGUAGUGGAGAUCGAAAAUGAUAUCAAUUGGGCAUGGUUCGUCAAUCAUCUAAAGAUGGAUUUGGAACUUGGUGAUGGAAGCAACUUCACAAUCAUAUCUGAUAGGCAAAAGGGUUUGUUGAAAGCUGUUCAUUUAGAGCUUCCUAAUGCAGAACAUAGAAUGUGUGCUAGACACAUUCUUGGGAAUUGGAAGAGAGAUAGCCAUGACCCUCAGCUAGAGAGAUUAUUCUGGAAAAUAGCUCGCAGUUACACUUUAGGAGACUUUCGUGAGCAAAUGAAUGAGCUUCAGAGGUACAAUCCAGUGGCGCAUCAAAACCUUCAAGUCACCAAUCCUCACACUUGGUCGCGGGCUUUCUUUAAGGUUGGUUCAUGUUGCAAUGAUAAUCUGAACAACCUUAAUGAAUCUUUCAAUAAAACAAUCCGCGAGGCAAGGCGAAAACCACUUCUUGACCUGUUAGAGGAAAUUAGGAGACAAUGCAUGGUUCGCACAGCAAAACGGUCUCUAAUUUCUAAUAGGUUGAAGACUAGGUUCACUAAACGAGCUCACGUUGCAAUAGAAUCUGCUAUAGCUAAGGGUCAGGAUUGUAUUAGAUAUAUGGCUACUGGUAAUGUCUUCGAAAUUGACGACCAUGGCUGCUAUUAUAGUGUUGAUAUGAAUCUGAAAACUUGUGGUUGUGGGAUGUGGAAACUAAAUGGAAUUCCAUGUAAUCAUGCCGCUUGUGUAAAAAUGAAGGCGUGA